AGAAACAAAAUACGCUUAGAAGUAAAACAAAAAACAUGUCCGGGUUCCUGCUGCGAUCACAUGAUCUCGGUCCGCCUAUGGACUGGAAGGAGACCCCUGAAGCUCACAUCUUCAAGUUCGAUCUUCCCGGCCUCACCAAGGAGGAUGUAAAGCUCCAAGUUCACGACGACAGAGUGCUGCAUAUCAGCGCUGCAGCUGCUGUUGGUGGAGAUGAUCUAGACAAACAGUGUAAAUGGCACUGUAGAGAGCGUCUCGACUACAGGAGCUUUUGCCAGGAAUUUAGGAUGCCUGAAAAUGCUAAUGUGGAUGAGAUAAAAGCUUCGAUGAGCGACGGUGUGUUGGUGGUGAGGGUGUCUAAAGAUCUCACCAAGAAGAAGAAGCGUGCAACUAAGUAUGCUGUUGAAAUUGGAGAGAAUUCCGUUGCUCCCAAAGGACUCUCCCGCUUUGUCUGCUGCAAAGCUUGAUUGCUCUUUUGGAAAAUCGAUUGUCUGAUGUAUAUUUCAUUGUAUCUAAUGUAAAUCAAUCGACUGAUUUAUGUUUCAA